AUGGCCAAUAUGUUAUUGGUCUUGCUUCACAUUUUUCUGACCUUUGUCUUAACACAGUCAGCACCUCAAGAUUCUCUUGUAACCAAUCUUCCAGGCUUUAAUGGCUCUCUAAAUUCCAACCACUAUGCUGGGUAUGUGACAGUGGAUGAAAGUCAUGGUAGAAACUUGUAUUACUAUUUUGUUGAAUCAGAAAGUAAUCCAUCAAAGGACCCUGUUGUUCUAUGGCUUAAUGGUGGACCAGGAUGCUCUAGUCUUGAUGGCUUUGUAUUUGAGCAUGGUCCUUUUAAUUUUGAAAAACCUGCCACAAAGGGAGCAUUGCCUAACUUGCAACUCAAUCCAUACAGCUGGUCAAAGGUUUCCAACAUUAUAUAUUUGGACUCUCCUGCUGGGGUUGGAUUUUCAUAUUCAAAGAAUGUAUCUGAUUAUAAAACUGGAGAUAUUCAAACUGCUUAUGAUUCACACAAUUUUCUCCUCAAAUGGUUUGAAUUAUACCCUGAGUUUCAAGCAAACCCAUUAUUCCUUUCUGGAGAGUCUUAUGCAGGAGUUUAUGUGCCUACUCUUGCUAAUCAAAUAGUGAUAGGAAUUGAAAAUGGAACCAAGCCAACAUUGAAUUUCAAGGGUUAUAUGGUUGGAAAUCCUGUUACAGAUGAUUUGAUUGAUGGAAAUGCUCUUGUUCCAUUUGCACAUGGGAUGAGUCUUAUUUCUAAUGAACUUUUUGAGGUGAAGACAAUCAAUAUUGUUAACUUAAACAUUGUUAAACAGAACACAACAAAAGUAUGCAAAGGAAACUUCUAUGAAGUAGACACCGACGAGUGCGAGCUUUUGUUGGAAAAAGUCGACAAGGAAGUUGCAGAUUUAAAUGUGUAUGACAUUCUAGAACCAUGUUAUCAUCCGGGAAAGACAAAGGAGAAUAAAAAUACAAAUUCUAAGUUGCCAUUAAGCUUUAGGGAAUUGGGUAAGACUGAUAAAUCUUUACCUGUGAGGAAAAGAAUGUUUGGUCGUGCUUGGCCCUACAAAGGUAAUGUAAAAGAUGGAAUUGUGCCAUCUUGGCCAGAACUCACGAGCACUAGUAUAUUGGUUCCUUGCACUGACGAUGGGGUUGCUAACUCAUGGCUGAACAAUCCUGAUGUCAGGAAAGCUAUUCACACUGUGGAGGAAAGUGUGGUUGGUGCGUGGUACUUAUGUACAGAUCAAAUUAAAUACACUCAUGAUACAGGGAGUAUGCUCAAUUUUCACAAGAAUCUUACUUCCAAAGGAUAUCGAGUAUUAGCAUAUAGUGGUGAUCAUGACAUGUGUGUCCCAUAUACUGGAACCGAAACAUGGACAAAAUUAGUUGGAGUUAAGAUUGUUGAUGAAUGGAGGCCAUGGUUCAGUAAUGAUCAAGUUGCUGGGUAUACUCAAGGAUAUUCCAACAAUCUCACAUAUCUGACAAUAAAGGGAUCAGGACACACUGUUCCAGAAUAUAAGCCACGAGAGUCAUUGGAUUUUUACAAACGUUUUCUUGAUGGAGUGCCUAUAUAAGAAACAAAGAGAUCAAAUAGAGAAAUAGAAGUGUUAUAUUGCUUCAGAUAUUUGGUUAUGUAUUCUUCAUGAAGUACUUGAAAUGUGUUUAAAGAAAGAAGUUUUCUGUAUUCUUUUUUGUACCUCUCAAGCAUAACACCUUAUUAGUAAAAUUUUGGGUUAAUUGUA